AGGCCGAGCGACAUUCACUCUGACCUCACACUAGCAUUGCGCAACAUUGUCGAUACAAAAUGGCCUUGCGCGCUGCAGAAUGGCACAAGCUGCCUACAAGCCUCACAGAGCUAUGCAUAGAUACGACUUUGCGAUGCGGGCAGUCAUUUCGAUGGCGCAAGUCUGCUGAUGGUGAAUGGUCAAUGGCUCUUCACGGUCGCAUCAUCACUCUUCGUCAGGACGCCGAACAUCUCCAUUACCGGGCAACCUACCCAUCUAUUACCACCACGCCCCUUACUCCACCUCCAUCCAAAGCACCCUCAGUCGCCCCCGAAGAGGAUGACACCCCGGCCCUCAUCAACCACUACUUCAACCUGACCCCAAACCUCGGUCAACUAUACGAGCAAUGGGCGGCCUCGGACGCCAACUUCAAAAAGAGAGCACCGAAAUUCACAGGCAUCAGGAUACUGCGACAAGACGCAUGGGAAGCCCUCAUUGGCUUCAUCUGCAGCAGCAACAACAAUAUCAGUCGCAUAUCCGGCAUGGUGCAUAAUCUCUGUUUACACUAUGGACCUCUGAUAGGACAUAUCCAUGACGUACCAUAUCACGACUUCCCAACGCCCGCUGCCCUCUCUGGUCCAGCCGUAGAGGCGAAUCUCAUGAAGCUUGGCUUCGGAUACAGGGCAAAGUACAUUGCCAAGACCGCGCGCAUGGUAUCUGAAGACAAAGGGAUGAAGUGGCUGGAGGAUCUCAGCAACCCUGAAUAUCCCCAAUUUGGCGUACAAGAAAAGCCAGCUGGAGAUAUGCCGGAAGGUGGUCGCGAGGGGUACCGAAAAGCUCACGAGGAGCUCUUGGCUUUACACGGUGUCGGUCCAAAGGUUGCAGACUGUGUGUGUCUUUUUGGUCUCGGCUGGUCCGAGUCUGUUCCCGUUGACACGCACGUUUGGCAGAUUGCGCAACGCGAUUACCGGUUUGGGAAAGGCAAGCACAGUAGCUUGACUGCCGCCACAUAUGCAGCCAUUGGGAACUUGUUUCGCAAACUAUGGGGUAAAGAGGCGGGAUGGGCGCAUUCGGUAUUAUUCACGGCGGACCUAAGGGCCUUUUCAGAGAGAGUUGUUGCCAAGGUCGAGAUCAAAGAAGAGACUACCAUCAAAAAAGAGAUCAAGGAAGAGGACGUUACUAUCAAGAAGGAGAUCAAAGAAGAAGAGGUCACCAUCAAGAAGGAAGAUGAAGAAGCAGUGGCCAAAAUUGCAGUCAGGAAGGAAACCACAAAACGGAAACGCAUCAAAAAGGAAGCUGAAGAGGAAGACCUUGCGGCCGUGAAACUUUAA